AUGCAUAGGUCUAGCGUGCAAAUCCGGUUGUGUUUGCUAUAUGACUUUAAAGUUGGGUUGAACGCUUCCGAAUCCGUCAAUCGGAUAACCUCUGCUUUCGGAGAAGGGACAUCACCAUUCGGGACGCUCAGCGAUGGAUUCAAGAAGUUUCGAGAAGGCAAUGAGGAACUCGAAGAUAUGGACCGUGGAACAAAGCCGCCUCCGUUCGAAAAAGAGAAAUUGAUUCAACUAGUGAAAGCGAUCCUCAUCAAACAUGUGCUGAUAUGGCAGAGCACUUCGAGUGCAAUGAAUCCACUGUGCGCAAACACCUUCACAACUUGGGCUACUCGAAAACAAAUGGAUUCCUCAUGUGCUCACGCCGGCCAACAAGAUGGCGCGCUUCAACAUCUGUUCAAUUUUGCUUCGACGUCACAUGGAGUGUCUUUUUGGAAACGGAUCAUCACAUGUGAUGAAAAGUGGAUCCUCCACGAUAAUUUUCGCCGAACUUCAUCGUGGACUAAAAAAGUGGCUCCCAAACAGGACCUACACCCCAACAAGACAUUGGUUACUGUUUGGUGGAAUUGUAAAGGAAUCAUCCACGUAGACUAUUUACCACCCCGUCAGUCCAUUGAUGCAGACCGGUACUGUGCCGAACUUGAUGUGGUACAGUCCAAACUGCAAGAAGCCGAGCCAUCAUUGGUCAAUAGAAAA